AAGAGGUCUAAAAUAAUAUGCUAAAGAGCUCCAGCUAAAAGUAACCCAGUGAACGAGCUGCUGCGGUGGAGUGUUGUGUGAUAUUAGUGCUCACUUAUAUCAGGAUCACGGCGAAUUUUUCGAAUUUGUGGGUGUUUUUGUGACAAACUGGGCUGUGUGUAUAAAAAGAGUCCUAGCUAUGGCAGAAAGUAGAGGAAGUUUAUUGGCUAAAUCAGUUCAGAAACACGCUGGAAGGGCCAAAGAAAAGUUACUACAAAAUUUGGGGAAAGUCGAUCGAACAGCGGACGAUAUUUUCGAUGAGCACCUGCAGAACUACACAAAGCAGCAGAACGCAGCAAAUAAACUUCAGAAAGAAUUUAGCAAUUAUAUUAGGUGUAUAAGAGCUGCCCAGGCGGCGUCAAAAACCCUCCUAGAGGCCAUCGGCGAGAUAUACGAAAGUCAGUGGACGGGCCACGACCACCUCUACGGCCAGCUCCAAUCCGUGGACAUGCUCUGGCAAGACUUCACCCACAAACUGGCGGACCAAGUUCUACUUCCAUUGAACACGUACCAGGGACAGUUUCCAGAGAUGAGGAAAAAGAUAGACAAGAGGGGCAGGAAGCUGGUGGACUACGACAGCCAGAGGCACAGCUUCCAGGCGCUGCAGACGAACAUGAAGAAGAGGGACGAGGCUAAGAUCGCGAAAGGACGGGAACAACUGGAAGAAGCCAAAAGGACCUACGAAAUAAUGAACUCGGAACUGCACGACGAACUGCCUGCCCUAUACGACUCCAGGAUCUUGUUUUUGGUGACGAACCUGCAGUCCCUGUUUAACGCGGAGAACGUUUUCCAUGGAGAGUGCGCAAAGGUAUUUGGUGAAUUAGAGGCCAUUGUUGACAAACUAGCCACUGACAGCCAACGAGGGUCCUACAGUGUGAAGAAGACCAACGGCGCUAGUCUUCCUCGUCCUUCCAGUAUCAUCAAGAAUUCACCCCAACUCAUAAUCAAUAAUAGGUCACCGACUAACUCAGCCCGAGCUGAAGACCCCCCGCAAUCCCCAACUAAAAAAGACUCCCCCACGAAAACCGAACCCACCCCGCCAUCCACAUUAAACUCUAACGAGAACUGCACCCCUCCCUCCACGCCCACCAAACUCGACGAGAAACCACUCAGCCCUCCCUCUCCCCCUCUCAAAACCGUCGAGCUAAAUGGAACUUCAACGCCCGAUGGCAAAAAAUCCCCCUCUCCUGAGCCAACCGCUACCGACAAGCAAGCUAUUAACAAUGACACUAAGCAUGUCGAAGAGCUGUAUGAUAUACCCGUGGGUGCCAGCACCGAAAACUUGCCCCCAGGCGUCCUUUACAGAGUGAAGGCGACGUACAAGUAUAACAAAGAGGACGUGGACGAGCUGUCGUUCGAAGUAGGAGAAAUUAUUUCUGUAGUGGAGUACGAUGAUCCCGAGGAACAGGAGGAGGGCUGGUUGAUGGGCAUAAAAGAUAACGGGGAAAAGGGGAUGUUCCCGGCCAACUUCACCAGACCCCUGUAGAGCUUCUGUAGAUUGUUAAGGGUCAAUAUCAGUUAUCAAUUUUUUAAAUUGCAAGUACGGGCGCGUGUUUUGAACGCGCCCAUUUGUAAAGAACAAGUAAGUGCCUUAUUCAUGAUAUAUUUUUUAUAGUUUUUUUUUUAUGUUGGAUUUUUGUUUAACAUCGAAUAAUUAUAACCUGUUAAUUUAUUUUUAAUGGUAUUGUUAUCUCUUUGAGAAUCUGUAUAUGUAUAAAUACUCAAACCUACACCAUAUAUAUAUAUAUCCGCAUUUCUCUUGGUUCUUUUCAGUUUUUUUUUUUUGCGUAGCCUUAAGUGUAACAUUGUUAACAAACAGUAGACUAGAUCUUUACAAUUUAUUUUAAAGCAUUUUUCUCAUG